AUGAAUGCCAACGACGCGGUUCUGGUGGCAACCAAACCAACCGCCACUGGCGGUCGAAUGAGUUCGCUUCGGAUUCUUCUAGAAUGGCGAAUGGAGACUGGAGUUGCAUGCAGCUUCAGGGAGAGACGUGGGAAAAACGUGUGCUUGAUUCUGCAGAUGCAAUGCACGAAAUAAUGGUGUCAAAUUGAAGAUAGCUGGUUGAUGGAUUCCCCAUCUGGGUUCUUGUAGAGAAGAUGAUGAUUCGUUGGUACAAACUCAGCCUCGCAAAUACUCCAGCAAUAUGGCAAAAAGAGAAAGAGAAUCUAAAGAUAGAAAACAAAUCCGAUCAAAAUGAAGACAUUCCUGCAAACAAAAUCAUCUACGUCAAACCAAAUUCAAUAGAAAUGAAACCACAAACACUGCCACCGCUUCCAGGUUUUCGAACUCGGCCAACCCGACUUCGUAGUGGCAAGGCCACCAUCGGUAAGGCUGAGAUGCCUCCAUCACAUCUCACACCAGGCAAGGCUAGAGAGGCAACCAGGUCAAGGCCCACGACUCAUGGACCAUGGGAUCAUGGACCCCUAAAAUUUGGCGCUUGA